AUGGCCAGUAGUGUAUUUCUGGGCAGUUUCCGCAGUGUUUACGAGCUGGUGCUGGCGGCGGUGACUGCGGAGGGCCGCGUGGUGGGGCAGGCGACGCUGCUGGUGCGCGUGCGCGACGCCAACGACCUGGCGCCAGCGUUCGAGCAGCCCGUGUACCGCGCCACCGUCCAGGAGGAGGACUCGACGCACCUGCCGCGCAGGAUCCUCACGGUAAAGGCGGUGGACGGAGACACGGAGAGGCCGCCGGACGUGGUUUACUUCAUCACCGGACCCGGAGUCAACCCCGACAACCCGUCGGCUGGCAACUUCCGCAUCGACCCGAACACAGGGGACAUAUUUCUUCUCAGGGCGCUGGACCGCGAUCCACCGGAUGGGAGAUCGCACUGGCGCUUCACGGCUUUCGCUCAGGAUGAGGCGGGCCAAGGACUGGUGGGGUAUGCCGACGUCCACAUCGCCGUCACAGACGUCAACGACAACGCGCCCGUCUUCCCGCAGGCGCUCUACUGGGGCUCCGUGACUGAGAACAGCUCAUCCGGGGAGAUAGUAGCCAACUUGACAGCUACUGAUAAUGAUGAUCCAGAUGAAGGAACUAAUGCAAAGAUAACAUACACUAUUGAGAAGAAUGUCAUUGAAGAAGACAGUGGAAAACCAAUAUUUGAAAUUGAUCCUGACACUGGUUUCAUCAGGACAGCCAUAUGCUGCCUUGAUCGUGAACGCACUGCUGAGUACUCGAUUCAGGUUGUAGCUGUGGAUGGUGGAGGACUGAAAGGCACAGGUACAGUUUCCAUCUUGGUCAAAGAUGUCAAUGACAUGCCACCAGAGUUUACAAAGACAGAAUGGAUUACUGAAGUUGACGAAACGGAAGGAUUAACUGUGCCAGAAGACACAAUUCUAACUGUUACUGUUCAUGAUCAGGAUGAAGUAAGCUCUUUGCAAUACAAGGUUGUUGAGAAUAGUGGCUAUGGCUCUGACAAAUUUGUACUGAUUCCAAAUUUUGAUGGAAGCGCAGCACUGAAAGCCAUUAAGCCAUUAGACUAUGAAGAAGGGAAAUAUAAUAAUUAUUUUAGGUUCAAAAUACAAGUUACUGACAAGGACACAAAUAAUGAUACAGAUGAGUAUCAUACCAGAUAUUCGUGGGUUGUGAUAAAAUUACGAGAUAUAAAUGACAAUCAACCAACAUUUGAGAACAGUAUACGUGAAGUUUCUGUUGAAGAGAACACAGAAGUUAAUACGUCUUUAGCUACAUUUAGGGCAACAGAUGCUGAUAAAGGAGGGAAAAGUAAAGUUAGUUACCAGAUUCAGCGCUCCUCUGAUACCAGGAAACAUUUCCGGAUAGACCAGCAGGGGACAGUCUAUCUACAACGUAACCUUGAUAGAGAAACAUCACCUAGACAUGAGGUACAAAUUUUGGCAGUUGAUGAUGGAUUUCCACCAAAAACUUCAACAGCAACUUUGAUUAUACUAGUUAAAGAUAUAAAUGACAAUGCCCCUGUAUUCCAGCACAAUUAUCAGCCAGUUGUACAAGAAAAUGCUUCUCCAGGAAUCAUUUUAGAAAUUUUUGCAAGUGAUGAAGAUGACAGUCAUAUUGGAAAUGGGCCACCUUUCACUUUUCAAAUGGCAGAUGAUGCAGAUGAUGCUAUAAAAUCCUCAUUUCUCAUUGAAAAUAUUCACAGUGGUGCUAAUGGAAAUGGCUCAGCUGUUGUAUCAUCUCUGCUGUCAUUUGAUAGAGAAUCACAAAAGAAAUAUCUAAUUCCUGUAGUCAUUAAGGACUCAGGUAAUCCUGUUAUGUCUGGAACAUCGACUCUCACUAUCACAGUUGGUGAUGAGAAUGAUAAUUCUAUGGCUCCUGGAAACAAAGAGAUAGUUGUUUAUAAUUAUAUGGUUCAUACUUCAGAAGCUGAAAUUGGCAGAGUCUUUGUUGAUGAUGCGGAUGAUUGGGACUUUCCUGAUAAAAGGUUCUUUUGGCAUGGACAUCAGCCUGAUAAAUUUAUACUUGAUGAGAAAUCAGGAAUGAUAAAAAUCAAGAAAGGUAUAGAAGCAGGAAGAUACACCUUGCAAUUCAAUGUGUAUGAUCAUCAACAUGGUCAAGUUGACAUAUUGGCGAAUGUCUCAGUUAUUGUAAAAGAUAUUUCCUAUAAUGUAAUUGCCAAUUCUGGUUCAGUCAGAAUAUUAGAUUUGUCAGAUGAAAACUUCAUCAGGAAAAUCUUCAACAAGACAGAUUUUCCCAACAAGAGUAAAGGAGAUUUACUUCAAGAAAAACUAGCUAAAAUCUUCAAAAUCAAGACUGAAAAUCUAUGCAUAUUUAGCAUAAAAUCAAGAACUCAGCGAUAUAUUAUUACAGAUAUACAUUUUUCUAUUUGUGGUCCUGGUUCUUAUGUGUACCAACCUACAAGACUUAAUGGGAUUGUUCAGAUGCACUGGCAAGAGAUAGAGAGAGAGACUGGUAUCAGAAUGCUUAUGGUUGGCAUUAAUGAAUGUCUCCAGGAGAAUCAUAAAUGCAGAGAAAGUUGCUCAAAUGUUGUGAGAAUUGGUGAGUUGCCACACUUGGUAGAUGCCAACAGAACAGCUUUUGUUGGAAUUGAUAUGCAAGUUGCAGCAGAAUGUCGAUGUGAAGCACAAAAUUUUAAGAAACCUGAAACCUGUAUCUGUUAUAAUGGAGGCACAUGUAUCUGGAAAGGAAACAGCAUAAGUUGUUCCUGUCCACAUGGUUAUCAUGGCCCAAGAUGCCAAGAAACUACAAGAGCAUUCCAGGGAGAUGGAUGGGCAUGGUUCCCUCCCCUUAGUGUUUGUGACAAAUCACAUCUGAGUGUAGAAUUCAGAACGAGGAACCCAAAUGGUAUUUUAUUGUACAAUGGACCCAUUGCAGCAUCAAGCAAUGAACAGGCUCUCACAUCAGAUUUUAUAUCCUUGGAGAUAGAAGAAGGUUUACCAAAACUGUUAAUCAAUUUUGGUUCUGGUGUACUUACAAUGAAAAUAAAUAAAAGUCCACGAUUGGAUGAUGGACAGUACCAUCACAUAGAUAUCUUCUGGAACACAGAGAAUAUUCAUCUUGUAGUGGACUUCUGUAAAUCUGCUGUCAUGGAUGAUACUGAAGAUGGUACACCUGCAAGGUUUGAUGACAGCAGCUGCCAAACCCAAAGAAAAAUUCCAUUUUUCAGUGAAUACUUGAAUGUCAAUUCGCCUCUUCAAAUUGGUGGCAUUUAUGCUCGGCCAUUGCCAUUGGGAAAGUAUAAAUGGAAUUUGAUGUCCAACAUGACUGGGUUUUCUGGUUGCAUCAGAAACCUGUUUUACAAUGGCCAGCUGUAUGAUCUUUCUGAUCCGGCUUUGUCAGAAAACAGUAGAAGAGGCUGCCCAGUGACAGAGCAGCUGUGCUCCACUACUGAUUGUGGUGCCCAUGGUUAUUGCAAUGCUGACACUUCUGAUGUUCAUUGCACCUGUGAUUCGGGAUGGACAGGACACAGCUGCCUUACACCAACUGUACCUACACGAUUUGGCUCUCACAGCUUUGUGAAGUUUUCAUUGUCAUUUGAACCGAACAAACUGUGGAUGCUAGUUCAGCUCAUGUUUCGAACAAGAGAAGCAAAUGGAGAGCUGUUUCGUGUUACAAAUCAGGAAAGCAAGGAAUAUGCUAUACUUGGGAUUAAGAACCAUCAUCUACAAUUCUGCCACAAGAUCAUUGAUGGUUCCAAUACAGAGAGAGUAAUCAGCCUGGAUUCUGUUGCUGUGGAUGAUGGACAGUGGCAUACAGUUAAGGUUUCACAGUAUGGCUUUACAGCCAUUCUAAAACUUGAUGUCGGGGAAGGCCGAUAUUAUAAUGAAAGCAAUCAGUGGAAUUUUAUUAGUGUACAAAAUGAAUUAUACGCAGGUGGAUUUACAGAAACUGGAAGUAAAAAUAUGCUUCAAUUUUUUGGUGAUUUCCAGAAUGGGUGCAUUGACGAUAUACGUUUUGGUGGCAAAAAUCUUCCUCUUCCACCAUCAGUGAAUGGUACUCAGUGGGCACAAGCUGUUCUAGCUCAAAAUGUGGAAAGAAAUUGCUUAUCUAACAUAUCCUGUGAUGAAGUUGUUUGCCAAGAACCUCUCACAUGUCAUGACAUAUGGAACAAACAUGAGUGCAAUUGUGGCUCCAACAAAGUGUUUGAUGCUGAUGAAGGCAUCUGUGUUGAGAAAAAUGAUUGUUAUGAAGAGUCAUGUCUGAAUGGUGGAACAUGUGUCAGUCAGUACCCCUACAGCAAUUACCAGUGUGUAUGCCCCAAGGAUUUUUGGGGUCAACAGUGUGAGCACAUGGUUCAAGAACAGUCUGUGAAACUUAGCUUUGGUGCUCUGCUAGUAGUUAUAACAUCCUUCAUAAGUGUUCUUGCUUUAGUGGUAUUUCUUGUGGUAUGUAAAUGGAAACAAACAAGGAAGUGUAAAGUCCCAGGACCAAAAGAAGACAUUCGUGAAAAUAUCAUUAUUUAUGAUGAUGAAGGAGGUGGUGAAGAUGACAUGACAGCAUCUGAUGUUAAACCCCGUAAAGUUACAGUACCAACCUUGGCAGUAGUUGAGACAGUGGAAAUGAAGCCAUUGCCUGUACAACCAAGUAAAGAUGUUGAUGCUUUAGUUGAAAAAUACAUGAAGCAAGCAGAUGAAGAAGUUGGUUGUCUAUCAUUUGAUGAUCUACGCAGUUACACUGACGAAGGAUGCAAUAGUGUAACUUCUUCUCUCUCUUCCAUUGUGUCUGGUUCAGAUGACAAGGAGCAAGAUUACAGCCAUCUCUAUGCAUUAGGAGCAAAAUUUAGCAGACUUGCAUGUAUGUAUAAUAAGGAGGAAACAACAGAGGAAGAGGCAGCACAGGAAUAAACACAAUUACCACUAUUAAUCAGUAAUAUUGCUGAUACAAAUACAUGAAGCAAUUAACUAUGUUUCCAGUGAGUACAUAAUUCUCAUACAUAUGGCUGUGAAAGAUUUCUGUCACAAUAAUUACCUACAGACCUAAGUGUUGUGUUAUGUGACUGCACAUCGCAAAAUAACUGAAAUGAAUGUAUUUUGUAAUUACACAUUCCCAAAUAUUUCUCGUAUUGUGUUGUUCAUCAUUUACAGAAGACAAUUCAAAUGACAUGAACUGUACCUUUGGCUGUUUCUCAGGUGUUUCAGUUAAAAACCUUGCAAAGGUAUAAUAUGACUGAACUAAACAACUACAGCUAUUUUAUUGUUACUGAGAUAUUAGUUAUUUAAAACUUAGUAACUGACUGUUACUGAACAUCAACUUUUUACUGUGAUUGUGUAUGUGUAUGCUUUGGAAGCAGGGACAUACAUUUUUGAAGUGCCUAAAAUUUAUUUGAUCUAUUUGUUAUCGAGGUAGUGUUGGAAAUGAGUAUUUUUAAUAAAGAAAUAAAUUUUGUGUGUGGUACUUAGCUUUUAAAGCAAUUUUGAAUAGUAUGAUGGAUACUGUGGAGAAAUCAGAAACUGAUAGUGAACAUACAAAAAAAAUGAAGAUGUUAUUUAUAAUGUCAGCUUAAGUCAUUAAAUUCUGUUUACACGAGAACUCAGUAACUGCAGGUUGGUAAUAUAGUUUCACACUAACGUGAAUCCCAUAUGAAGAAAAGAAAUACUGUGUAGGUUGCUAAUAAUUGUAGAGACAGAGUUUGAAUACAAUGUGUCUCUAAAGCCUUCAUCCACUUUACUGUAAGAAAAUUUAUUUUCUUUUCUCUCAAUAUCCAGAAUAAUUGGAAAAAAUUUCAAUAAAGUGUCAAGCCAAUAGCUGAAUUAUUUCUACAUCUUAUGCAGCACAUGUGGCAUUGCAGGAUUGUUGUAAUCUUUGCCUUCAGUUUAUACAAUGCAUUUCAUGAGAGAGACCCAUGAAUUGAGAUUCUUGUGACGCCCCUGCCCCCCUAAAAGAAAAUGGCAUACCAUGAUACAAAGAGGAUGAAGCAGCCAAUUAUGAAAUGUGAAAUCUUGAGACUCAUUACAUCUAUCUAAGCUGUGAGGGAAUUUGUUGCUCUAAUAAUUCCCUUAAUGCCAUCUGUCAGUGCUGUAAAUGUUUGCAAGUUGGGAGGUAUAGGAAGAUGGCCUAUAGACCCUUAGUCUCUCUCCCCCCUUUUGACUGUUCUGUUUGCAUUAACUGUAGGGAAAAAUUCAAAUGUUCUGUGAUAACAAGUAAAAAUUGUACUCAAAUUUUAACAAGAUGUCCCUUCAUUUUAUUUAUUUAUUUAUUGUUGAAACAAAUGAACAUUGUCUCAUCAUUAAAUAACAACAUCAUCUGGCAGCUUUUCAUAAUCUUCUAUAUUCUCAUCCAAAGUGAUGUGAGAAACUGGAGUAUGUUUCUCCUUAUCUCCUUCAUUAAGUGCUUUCAGAAGUAUAAUCAUUUUCAGCUAUUUGCUCGUGUUGUAUUUAUGGAUUAUGAUGGAUUACGAAUUUUGCUCAUUGUAAUCCUAAUAUGUAUGGGAAUAAUUAAGAGAUUUUCAAAAUUGGACAUACUUAUUUUUCAUCUAUUCACCACUGAUUGCUGUUUUUAUUAUCUCAAAAUUACUAGUUUCAAACUAUGUCACCCACCUUUGGAUCAUUUCUGGUAGUCACAGAGUAACCAGUCUUAACAGAACUAUCAGUUUCAUACUGUUUAUGAAACAAAGAAAACAAAUUACAUCCUGCUGUUGACUCAGCAUCUAGAAUGAUGCUGCAUCACUCCAGUUCUGUAAGCUAUACUGUUGUCUCUUACUGAUCAAACUAAAACUGACAGUUCCCUCCUCUGAACCGAGGACAAAUUCUUCAAAUAUCAUUAAAAUUUUGAGGUUACAGGCCUUUGAAAUGGAAUGAAUACUUUAGAGACUCCAUAUAUUCCUUCUGGAUAUAUUAGGAGAAAGUGAGGAAAAUAUGCUUAAAGAAGAAGCAAUAUCAAUUAUUACUUUCUGUCAAUCAAAUGAACAAGAACGAAAAAUAAAUUGAUAUGUUGACUAUAAAUUGUCUCAAUAACUGAAAGUGGGAAGUGAAAACUGUUAAACAAAAGUAUUUCUAUUGUAUAAAAAUAAAUUUUACAAUCUGGAAUGUUAGGGCCCUGAUAUUUUAUGUUCUUCGUAAGUUUCACAUUAUUUUUUACCAUUCAUAAUGAAUGAUUUUUGUGUAAAUACUGUACUUCAUUAUGUUUACAAUGAAGUGUUUUGUGUAAUUGAUGUGAUGUAUUUAAUGUUGCAGUGUGUGUACGUGUCUGUAUUCCAUAUGAAAGAAACAAUGAAAAUAUUUCCUGUUGUUUGA